UGUCGACCUUAUGGUCCUUCUCUAACAAGAAACUAACAUAGGAAAUGGAAUCUUGAAAUAGCGUUAUUAUAAAGCAACAACUCUCCUAUAUAAAUUCAUCUUUGCCUUGGCUUAGAUGUAGAGAGAACCCACCCCAGUCCACCCCCACUACAGCAGCUAUGGAGAAUUCGAUAUACUACAAAUACAUAAACCAGAAAAAUGUUUUCUUAAUGAACCUACCAUCAGAUAUUUUGGUUGAAAUUCUGUCGAGGCUCCCUGCCCGAGCCGUCUUCCGAUGCAAAUGCGUAUGCAAAACCUGGAUCAAGAUAUUUUCCGAUAGUAAAUUUGUAACCUUACAUUUUGCCAAGGCUCGUCCAGGCAUCGUCGUCCAUCAAUCUGAAAUGUUCAAGAAUUUCAUCAAGUUAGUGGAAUUUGGAGAUGAGAUUGAUCAUCAUGAUCUUGAUGAUGAUUCUCUUCUGAAAUUUGAUCUCAAGAGGAUUAGUGAAUUCUCUGGUGCAAAUAUAGUUCUUGAUGGUUCUGUUAAUGGCUUGAUAUGCUUAAGGGAUUCGAAUUACGAACACGAAAGCGUUUAUGUUUGUAAUCCAACUACGCGGGAAUAUGUUAGGCUCCCGGAUCCCGAGGGAGUCGUUCAGUAUCCUAGCAUGGCCACGUAUGGGUUCGGGGUAAGUAGAGUAUCUGGUGAAUAUAAAGUGGUUCAAGUUUUUCACGACCAGGUUCUUGACCCGAUUAGGCAAACAUGCAUAAGAAUUCCAUGGUCGGAAUGUCAUGUUUACACCCUCGGAACCGGAUCAUGGAGAAGCAUUAAUGAAAAUAUGUUGAAUUUUGCCUAUGGUCGUCGUUGUCGUUCUGUUGGGUUAUUCUUCAAUGGAAAUAUUCAUUGGUUGAUAAAAGAUUUAGACGAUACUCAUGAAAUGAUUUCGUGUUUCGAUCUAGAAAACGAAGUGUUUCAACCAUUCCCGGCUCCAUUUCCAGGCAAGGAGGGGCUUCUUGGGGGUCUUGGAGUUUUACAAGAUCGUUUAUGUUUAUGUGAUAAUACUUCAUAUUGUGAAAUCAACAUCUGGGUUAUGAAAGAAUAUGGCGUAGAGAAAUCAUGGACUCGACAGUUUGUCAUCACUAAAAUGACAGAGUUAACAGGGCCAACACUUGAAGUAGUUUAUCCAUUCAAAAUUUUCAAAGAUGGGGUGAUUAUGGUGCUAUGGGGGGACUUCUUUAUGCUGUACUGUUGCAAUAAGAGCAAUGUUGGACAAGAAGUCGACCUCGAUCAACCACGAGGGCCUAAUAAAAUCGAGGCGAUGCUCCAUGUUUCAAGUUUGGUCUCACUCAAGAACUUCGGAUUCGAGAAUGUUUGUAACUUUUGAUUGUGCAGCAAAACAAGGAAUAGUGGGUCCCGAAUGAGUGAGAGAACCGGAACGAACACACCUCUAGUUUACCAGUUAUCGUGUCCACAAUAAACACUGUAUAUGCAAGUACAAAAUAGAUGUUUGAGUUAGUGACACAUGCACAAUCAUAUAUAAAUAUUUAUAUUCAUUCUGUAUGCAUAAAUUAUGUACACAUUGUGCUGUUAUUAUAAAGAAAUUGAAAGUAGGCAUGUUUCAUACGUUAA